CUUAUUCUUAAUUGCCCGCCCGCCGGCCCGCCCACUCUAAUUAGUAUUAUUCAGUUAAUUACCUCUCCAUCUCUUUCCCUAUUUUUGAUCUCCGGCAUUCAGUAAUGUGGAAUCUUCUAUUAACCGCAGCCAUAGCAGGAUCCACUGGUUUUAUAGCCAAACACGUCUUUACUAACCAUCAUUCACCAUCUGAAAAAUGCGAGCAAGAGGAAAACCUCCAAGAAUCUCCUGCUUUUGACUCUCCGCUGGUGACAAAAGAAUGUCACGGAUACGAGAGUAAUUGUGAUCAGGAAGGAAUUUUUAGGUUUUCGAGUUCUGCUUCUGGUUCCAGAGGAAAGAAUAAAAAAAAAUCGUGUUUGAAGGAGAAAUCAGGGGUUUCGUGUCGUAGAUUGAAGUUUGCGACUGAAAAUGUGAAGAGAUCUGGUGGUUUGAAAGGGACUAGUGGAAGAAAGUCGUGUGCUUGCUUGAAGAAGAAAAGAACUGAAAGCUCUUUGUUUGGUCGGGGACUUGGUGUUGGAAUCAUGUACAUGAUGUCUGCUGGGAAAGCUGAGAUCAGUAAGCUGAGCACUGCCAUGGAUGAGACGUCAAAAACCAUUCAUGAAUUAAGAACUGAACUCUAUAAAAGAAAAUCUACCCAGCUUGCUACAAGCUCAGAAAAUAUUAGUACUGAGCAAAUGCAACUAGUGGUUAAUAGAAUAAGCAUGGUGGAUAGAGCCCCCAAUGAUAUGAAAUUGUGUGGGCUUACUAUGGCUGAUGAUGUUGAAUGCCCGAGCAGUGUUCUUACUGAAGAGCCAGAGCCAGCGGUGCUUGAAAUGGAUCAACUGGAAGCAGAGUUUGAGUCUGAACUGCAAAAACUUCCCUGGUCCAGCACUGAAACUUCUGGCCAUGAAAUAACAAGGCUAAAUCUUGGCAAGGCUGAGGUUUCAUCUGAAGGAUUUUGUGAACUGGAGGGGGCGGAUGAUGUUUCUUACCAACGCGACGGGGUAUUGCCAUCUGAAUUGGAUAACAAACUUUGCCAUUUGCUUAUUGAACAACAAGAAAACCAAAUCACGGGGCUGGAAUCCGAAUUACAUUUAGCACAAUCCCAACUCCAUGAGAAGGAAGCUGAACUUCAAGCAUUGAAGGACUGUGUAAGACGCCUGACUGAAUUCUCUCUGUCAACUAUAUCAGAUGAUGAAGUUGAGGUACAACCUGAGCUAGGAUGCAACACUGAGUGGGAUAAAAAUAGCCAGGUGGGAUCCGAGUCAAGAAAAUCAGUGGUUGGGAUGAAAAGACCUAUUGACACCGCGUAGUGUGGUUGGUAUUUAAUACGAUACUUUAUCUGUAUGUGGGUAAGAAGGUAAAUUAGUAGCAGUCAUAGGAUGCCGUCUGAUUUAGUGCUAUGGGUGGGUCAACAUUAAUCGAACUUAGGGUUCUCCAUGCAUGCGCAUCCCCCACCUCUGUAUCUAGCUUGAGCAGCCCUCCAAUGUUUGUAUUGGUCUAGUAUCGGACUGCAGAAACAUGUGGUAGGAUUUUAUUUUUUUUUACUUGCAGUCUGCAUGAUUGUUUAUUUAUUUAUGUUUCUUCUAUCGUGAUAUCUUUAAUUUUAUGUCUA